AUGAACCCCGAGGCACAGGAAUCUGGUGAGUCUCACAAUGGUUCAAUGGCAGUGGUGUAUUCAGGUGUAUUUUUCUGUCUUUAUAAAUUCGUUUGUGUGUCUUUCAGCAGGGGGCUCUGAACUGGAGUCUGACUUCAACUGGGAUGAAUAUCUGGAGGAGAAUGGAGUAUUGGCGGUUCCACAUCACGCCUUCAAACAUGUAUGUCUUAUUUCACUGCAUCAGGGCCCAUUUGCAGAUAUGGUACUUAUAUUUUUUUAUUUUACUUUUUUAUUUAAAAAUAAAUUCAUUGUUGGUUAAAGGGCUGUAAGUAAGCAUUUCACGGUAAUGUCUACACCUGUUGUAUUCGGCGCAUGUGGCAAAUCAAAUUUGAUUUGAUUAUUUAGGGCCCAGAGUUUUUCCUGGCCAGGGCCCUAUUUAUUGUAUAUCCACUCACACAUUAAUUAUGGUUGUGUUUCCCCUUCCCUCCCUCUCAGGUGGACCAUAGCCUGCAGACAGGGCUGACUCCAGGGAUGAGGCUGGAGGUGUGUGUGCGUUCGGAGCCUGACCAACCCUACUGGGUGGCCACUAUCAUCACCACCUGUGGCCAACUGCUGCUGCUGCGCUACAAGGGUUACCAUGACGACCGACGAGCAGACUUCUGGUGUGACGUCAUGACCUCUGACCUCCACCCUCUGGGGUGGGGUAGGCAGCAGGGGCGACCAAUGAGACCGCCCUGUGGUGAGGAGGGGGUGACAAAGGGGUUAAGGGCAAUAUACGCUUGUGUUGCUGUAGACCGUUUGGGCCCUGUGCUCAAAUAAAUGUAUUGGAAUACGCUGUUAAAGCUUUUCAUAUAUACAGGAAUUAACAGCAUAAAGAUGUACACAAUAUAUGAAUGUGAUGUGAGUCCAGGUGUCCGUAAGAAACAUGGUGACUGGGAAGCUGUCCUAGAGGAGGCUCUGGCUCAGGGAGGGAGCGCACCAGCACACCUACUGAAGGGGGUGAGUCUGGGGGAGGGAGGAGUGGGGACACCAGGACCAUAACUAUAGCUACAGUGGGGGAAAAAAGUAUUUAGUCAGUCACCAAUUGUGCAAGUUCUCCCACUUAAAAAGAUGAGAGAGGCCUGUAAUUUUCAUCAUAGGUACAUGUCAACUAUGACAGACAAAAUGAGGGGGGAAAAAAUCCAGAAAAUCACAUUGUAGGAUUUUUAAUGAAUUUAUUUGCAAAUUAUGGUGGAAAAUAUGUAUUUGGUCAAUAACAAAAGUUUCUCAAUACUUUGUUAUACAGUAAUCCCUCGUUUAUCGCGGGGGUUACGUUCCGAAAAUGACCCGCGAUAAGUGAAAUCCGCGAAAUAGAAAACUUUUUUUUUUUUACAAUUAGCAACUAUUACAUGUAUACAAAUACAGUGACUCACGUGUAGGCCGUUUCACUGCUCUUCAGACUGGGCCGCUGCAUCCUGACUGCGCUCUGCAGUGUUCUCUUCUUCUGAAGCCCGCGGUGCAGGUGUGUUUGUUCGGGAGAAGAACAUAGUGAUAGGCAGCUGUUGUCGCUCUUUUUUCUUCUUUGCAAAAAGAUCCUUGUACACCGACAUGCCACCAUCGAUUACGUUGGAGAACUGUAAUGAACGGCUCAUCAAAGGGUCCCAUUCCUCAGCUACUCGCUUAAGUUCAGUGGCCAUUCGCACCAUGGUUGCUAAGCGACCAAGCGUUAGUCCUUCCUCCUCAUCUCUCGAUUCAUUGAUUCCGUAAUGGCGAGCAACGGCUGCAUAGCUUUUACCUUCCCUUAGCAUGUCCAGAAGUUUAACUUUAUCUGAGAUAGGUAGCAUCUUCCGCCGUUUGGGCCCAUCCGCAGGUGCUUUUGUCGGUCCAGGCCGUUUCGUCGACAUUAUGGGUUUAGGAGAUGUUCGAAAUUACAAGAUAAUUUGGCCAACUUAAUGUAAAUUUGCCAAGCUGUUUUAUGUACGUACACAUAACUGCACGAGACGACAAAAUGAUAGCACAAUUCGUAGCAUGUUUUGAUACAAGAAGCGGGAGUGAGUUUUUAGCGAAUCAGAAUGCAGAGCACAAUGCACCAAAAAAAAAAAAAUGCAUUAUGAAAAUCCGCGAAAUAGCGAAUCCGCGAUAAGUGAACCGCGAAGUGGCGAGGGAUCACUGUAUACCCUUUGUUGGCAAUGACACAGGUCAAACGUUUUCUGUAAGUCUUCACAAGGUUUUCACACACUGUUGCUGGUAUUUUGGCCCAUUCCUCCAUGCAGAUCUCCUCUAGAGCAGUGAUGUUUUGGGGCUGUCGCUGGGCAACACAGACUUUCAACUCCCUCCAAAGAUUUUCUAUGGGGUUGAGAUCUGGAGACUGGCUAAGCCACUCCAGGACCUUGAAAUGCUUCUUACGAAGGCACUCCUUCGUUGCCCGGGCGGUGUGUUUGGGAUCAUUGUCAUGCUGAAAGACCCAGCCACGUUUCAUCUUCAAUGCCCUUGCUGAUGGAAGGAGGUUUUCACUCAAAAUCUCACGAUACAUGGCCCCAUUCAUUAUUUCCUUUACACGGAUCAGUCAUCCUGGUCCCUUUGCAGAAAAACAGCCCCAAAGCAUGAUGUUUCCACCCCCAUGCUUCACAGUAGGUAUGGUGUUCUUUGGAUGCAACUCAGCAUUCUUUGUCCUCCAAACACGACGAGUUUAGUUUUUUACCAAAAAGUUAUAUUUUGGUUUCAUCUGACCAUAUGACAUUCUCCCAAUCCUCUUCUGGAUCAUCCAAAUGCACUCUAGCAAACUUCAGACGGGCCUGGACAUGUACUGGCUUAAGCAGGGGGACACGUCUGGCACUGCAGGAUUUGAGUCCCUGGCGGCGUAGUGUGUUACUGAUGGUAGGCUUUGUUACUUUGGUCCCAGCUCUCUGCAGGUCAUUCACUAGGUCCCCCCGUGUGGUUCUGGGAUUUUUGCUCACCGUUCUUGUGAUCAUUUUGACCCCACGGGGUGAGAUCUUGCGUGGAGCCCCAGAUCGAGGGAGAUUAUCAGUGGUCUUGUAUGUCUUCCAUUUCCUAAUAAUUGCUCCCACAGUUGAUUUUUUCAAACCAAGCUGCUUACCUAUUGCAGAUUCAGUCUUCCCAGCCUGGUGCAGGUCUACAAUUUUGUUUCUGGUGUCCUUUGACAGCUCUUUGGUCUUGGCCAUAGUGGAGUUUGGAGUGUGACUGUUUGAGGUUGUGGACAGGUGUCUUUUUAUACUGAUAACUAGUUCAAACAGGUGCCAUUAAUACAGGUAACGAGUGGAGAACAGAGAAGCCUCUUAAAGAAGAAGUUACAGGUCUGUGAGAGCCAGAAAUCUUGCUUGUUUGUAGGUGACCAAAUACUUAUUUUCCACCAUAAUUUGCAAAUAAAUUCAUAAAAAAUCCUACAAUGUGAUUUUCUGGAAUUUCUUUCCUCAAUUUGUCUGUCAUAGUUGACGUGUACCUAUGAUGAAAAUUACAGGCCUCUCUCUCAUCUUUUUAAGUGGGAGAACUUGCACAAUUGGUGGCUGACUAAAUACUUUUUUUCCCCACUGUAGGACCUAUUCAACAUUACUACUCAUGUCAGAAAAGCUUGGUUUUUUUGUAUCGAUAAAUGUUAACAUUUUCUAACAUUCUCUUGUCUGUGUCCAGGCUCAGACAGGGGGAGACCCAGCAGACCUGUUUCCCCCGGGGUGGUGUGUGGAGCUGCAGGACAGUGUGGACCCAGGGGUGGCCUGGGGGGCUCAGGUGGAGGACAACAUAGGGGGCCGUCUAUGUCUGCGCUACGCUGGGACAGAGGGGCUCACCCAGUCACAGGCCAGGCGCUGGGUAUUCUACCUGGACCCCCUCCUGCAACCACCUGGCUGGGCUGAGGAGAACAGCUACUCUCUCACUCCACCUGCUGGUAAGGAACAGAACUGCCUCUGCACCUUGUGCUGUUGACCAACCCUGGUCCUGAAAAGCUACAGAGUAAACACAAAUACACCUCAAUCAAUGAAUCAUUAAGACCUUGUUGAAUAAGGUGUAUUAAUGUUGGGCUGGUUGCAUGCUGACCACUGUUGUAGUGUGUUUGUGUUUGUUUGGAUGCUUUUGUUUGUGUUUUAAGUAUUAAUGACAGUUACUUAGUGAUAAUGUCACUGCUGUGUUUCAGUGCUUUGUGGUUUGCGCAGCGAAUCAGAGUGGGAGGAGGUGAGAAAGAACAUUAGACAGCCUAAAGAAGAAGCUUUCAAUCGAGACUUUUUUAAGGUAUACUUUACAUCUCGCUCUCUCACUCUCUCUCUUUCUCUCUCUGCCCUCUUUCUGUCUCCCUCUCCCUCUGACAUAUCUUCUGUGUGUUUGUAGGACCGGCCAGUCCUCUCUCCUCACUGCUUCUCUGAGGGGAUGAAGUUGGAGGCAGUGAACCCCGCUGCCCCCUUCAACAUCAGCCCAGCUACUGUCACCAAGGUAACGCCCUCAUGUCACCACCAGGGUUAGCGUUAAUUUGACAAAUUCAAUUCUUAUUCAAUUCACUCUCCCUGUAAAUUCAAUAUAAUUCAAAUUCCAGGUCAGUCUUUGAAUUCAGAGAUAAUCCAAUUCCUCUCAAUACCAAUUUUAGGUCAAUUCCAGAAUUCAAUUCCCAAUUCAAUAUUAUCCCCAACAAUUCCACAAAUUCCAAUUAAAUUCCCUCAGUCUUUCAGGCUGAUCGUGUCACUGUUCAGAAAGCUAUACUGGAAAAAGUCACUUUUUUAUACUAAGUGCAUUCAUUCCAUUAACUGGAAAAUGUACUAAUAUUUAAUCCCAAUUCAAUUCCAAAGAUUAAACGUUUUUACAAUUCAAGUUCAAACAGUCUAAUUCCAAUUCAAUUCCAGUUCCAUAACUUUGAUUGUUGAAAUUCAAAUUGAAUUAAACUUAAAUUCUCCACUUCAUGAGUGAAUUAAAUAAUUGAAUUGGAAUUUCUAAUUAAAAGGGAAUUGACCCCAACCCUGAGGCCUCAUUUAAAAACGUUGCGUAUGAGCAAAAUAUGGGCCAAAACAUGCGUGUGCCAGUUUUCACACAAAAGUUGGAAUUUAUAAAAAUGUGCUUAUCCUCCCACAGACUUCAGACCAUGCGUACACACAGUUUCUAGUGGUUGAAGUAUUGCAUUGCAAGAAGGCAAAAGUAGCCUAGUAGUAGCCUUGUGCAGGAAUAUAUGAUGACAUUCUUAUUUAUAACAAAAAAACAGGUAGCUAAAUAUAAUAACAAGAUACAAUCAUUUGCUGUUAGCGAGAAGAGCAAAAAUCUAUUUAUUUUAUCUUUGCAUUCUAAAAUAAUUAGAAAUACAGUGGGGGAAAAAAGUAUUUAGUCAGCCACCAAUUGUGCAAGUUCUCCCACUUAAAAAGAUGAGAGAGGCCUGUAAUUUUCAUCAUAGGUACACGUCAACUAUGACAGACAAAUUGAGGGAAAAAAAUCCAGAAAAUCACAUUGUAGGAUUUUUAAUGAAUUUAUUUGCAAAUUAUGGUGGAAAAUAAGUAUUUGGUCACCUACAAACAAGCAAGACUUCUGCCUCUCACAGACCUGUAACUUCUUCUUUAAGAGGCUCCUCUGUCCUCCACUCGUUACCUGUAUUAAUGGCACCUGUUUGAACUUGUUAUCAGUAUAAAAGACACCUGUCCACAACCUCAAACAGUCACACUCCAAACUCCACUAUGGCCAAGACCAAAGAGCUGUCAAAGGACACCAGAAACAAAAUUGUAGACCUGCACCAGGCUGGGAAGACUGAAUCUGCAAUAGGUAAGCAGCUUGGUUUGAAAAAAUCAACUGUGGGAGCAAUUAUUAGGAAAUGGAAGACAUACAAGACCACUGAUAAUCUCCCUCGAUCUGGGGCUCCACGCAAGAUCUCACCCCGUGGGGUCAAAAUGAUCACAAGAACGGUGAGCAAAAAUCCCAGAACCACACGGGGGGACCUAGUGAAUGACCUGCAGAGAGCUGGGACCAAAGUAACAAAGCCUACCAUCAGUAACACACUACGCCGCCAGGGACUCAAAUCCUGCAGUGCCAGACGUGUCCCCCUGCUUAAGCCAGUACAUGUCCAGGCCCUUCUGAAGUUUGCUAGAGUGCAUUUGGAUGAUCCAGAAGAGGAUUGGGAGAAUGUCAUAUGGUCAGAUGAAACCAAAAUAUAACUUUUUGGUAAAAACUAAACUUGUCGUGUUUGGAGGACAAAGAAUGCUGAGUUGCAUCCAAAGAACACCAUACCUACUGUGAAGCAUGGGGGUGGAAACAUCAUGCUUUGGGGCUGUUUUUCUGCAAAGGGACCAGGACGACUGAUCCGUGUAAAGGAAAGAAUGAAUGGGGCCAUGUAUCGUGAGAUUUUGAGUGAAAACCUCCUUCCAUCAGCAAGGGCAUUGAAGAUGAAACGUGGCUGGGUCUUUCAGCAUGACAAUGAUCCCAAACACACCGCCCGGACAACGAAGGAGUGGCUUCGUAAGAAGCAUUUCAAGGUCGUGGAGUGGCCUAGCCAGUCUCCAGAUCUCAACCCCAUAGAAAAUCUUUGGAGGGAGUUGAAAGUCUGUGUUGCCCAGCGACAGCCCCAAAACAUCACUGCUCUAGAGGAGAUCUGCAUGGAGGUAUGGGCCAAAAUACCAGCAACAGUGUGUGAAAACCUUGUGAAGACUUACAGAAAAUGUUUGACCUGUGUCAUUGCCAACAAAGGGUAUAUAACAAAGUAUUGAGAAACUUUUGUUAUUGACCAAAUACUUAUUUUCCACCAUAAUUUGCAAAUAAAUUCAUUAAAAAUCCUACAAUGUGAUUUUCUGGAUUUUUUUCCCUCAUUUUGUCUGUCAUAGUUGACGUGUACCUAUGAUGAAAAUUACAGGCCUCUCUCAUCUUUUUAAGUGGGAGAACUUGCACAAUUAGUGGCUGACUAAAUACUUUUUUUCCCCACAGUAGGCAUCUACAGUUGAAGUCUGAAGUUUACAUACACUUAGGUUGGAGUCAUUAAAACUAGUUUUUCAACCACUCCACACAUUUCUUGUUAACAAACUAUAGUUUUGGCAAGUCGGUUAGGACAUCUAUUUUGUGCAUGAAACAAGUAAUUUUUCCAACAAUUGUUUACAUACAGAGUAUUUCACUUAUAAUGCACUGUAUCACAAUUCCAGUGGGUCAGAAGUUUACAUACACUAAGUUGACUGUGCCUUUAAACAGCUUGGAAAAUUCCAGAAAAUGAUGUCAUGGCUUUAGAAGCUUCUGAUAGGCUAAUUGACAUCAUUUGAGUCAAUUGGAGGUGUACCUGUGGAUGUAUUUCAAGGCCUACCUUCAAACUCAGUGCCUCUUUGCUUGACAUCAUGGGAAAAUCAAAAGAAAUCAGCCAAGACCUCAGAAAAAAAAUUGUAGACCUCCACAUGUCUGGUUCAUCCUUGGGAGCAAUUUCCAAACGGCUGAAGGUACCACGUUCAUCUGUACAAACAAUAGUCUUCAAGUAUAAACACCAUGGGACCACGCAGCCGUCAUACCGCUCAGGAAGGAGACGCGUUCUGUCUCCUUGAGAUGAACAUACUUUGGUGCGAAAAGUGCAAAUAAAUCCCAGAACAACCGCAAAGGACCUUGUGAAGAUGCUGGAGGAAACAGGUACAAAAGUAUCUAUAUCCACAGUAAAACGAAUCCUAUAUCGACAUAACCUGAAAGGCCGCUGAGUAAGGAAGAAGCCACUGCUCCAAAACCGCCAUAAAAAAGCCAGACUACGGUUUGCAACUGCACAUGGGGACAAAGAUCGUACUUUUUGGAGAAAUGUCCUCUGGUCUGAUGAAACAAAAAUAGAACUGUUUGGCCAUAAUGACCAUCGUUAUGUUUGGGGGAAAAAGGGGGAGCUUGCAAGCCGAAGAACACCAUCCCAACCGUGAAGCACGGGGGUGGCAGCAUCAUGCUGUGGGGGUGCUUUGCUGUAGGAGGGACUGGUGCACUUCACAAAAUAGAUGGCAUUAUGAGGAAGGAAAAUGAUGUGGAUAUAUUGAAGCAACAUCUCAAGACAUCAGUCAGGAAGUUAAAGCUUGGUCGCAAAUGGGUCUUCCAAAUGGACAAUGACCCCAAGCAUACUUCCAAAGUUGUGGCAAAAUGGCUUAAGGACAACGAAGUCAAGGUAUUGGAGUGGCCAUCACAAAGCCCUGACCUCAAUCCUAUAGAACAUUUGUGGGCAGAACUGAAAAAGCGUGUGCGAGCAAGGAGGCCUACAAACCUGACUCAGUUACACCAGCUCUGUCAGGAGGAAUGGGCCAAAAUUCACCCAACUUAUUGUGGGAAGCUUGUGGAAGGCUACCCGAAACGUUUGACCCAAGUUAAACAAUUUAAAGGCAAUGCUACCAAAUACUAAUUGAGUGUAUGUAAACUUCUGACCCACUGGGAAUGCGAUGAAAUAAAUAAAAGCUGAAAUAAAUAAUUCUCUCUUAUUAUUCUGACAUUUCACAUUCUUAAAAUAAAGUGGUGAUCCUAACUGACCUAAGACAGGGAAUCUUUACUAGGAUUAAAUGUCAGGAAUUGUGAAAAACUGAGUUUAAAUGUAUUUGGCUAAGGUGUAUGUAAACAUCUGACUUCAACUGUAUUUCCUAUUAUUUAUUUAAUUUCCAUGAUCAUUAUAGAAUAAAUUCCUCACCUUUUCUGACUGUGAUGGUUUCAUAUUUGCGAAAUAGCCUGUAGGCCUACAACAAGUUAGGAUAGGCUACCAUUCGUCCCAUCUCUCUUUUAAUUGGACCCACUUCACAGUAGUAAAUAGAUAAGCUAUUUUAAGUAUUUUACUCUAUGCGAUCUGUUCCGAAGCACAGUUUAAUGUAGAAUAGACGGUUCACCUUUUCCAUUGACGUUUGUAGGCUACUACGUCUGAAUACUGUAAUGUACAAUUUCUCAAGUAGACAAUAAUUUGAUUUGAUAUUUCAUUUAUAAACAGAAUGCAUAUAUCGUAACCAUUGCAGAAUAAAUUCCUCACCUUUUCUGGCCAUGACGAGUUCAUAUUUCCGAAGUAGCCAAACAACAAAUGACCAUGCGCAUCUCUCAUUGCGCCUAUUAGAUAUUAUAAUUUCAAGUUUUUGCAUCCGAAAGCGGGAGAAGUUUCUAACAUACAGUAGAGUUUAACAGACGUUAAACACUUUUGCAUUGAAGUGUGUAGGCUACCACUUUAAGUAGUAGGCCUACUGUAGUUUUCAUUUUCUUCAGAGUAGACAAUGUUUCAGAAUUUGCGGGCAGUGCAGCAUAUUUAGGUUUGGGAAAAAGUAAAUGCAAAACAUUAUUGAAUUCAAAUGAUCUGUUUACAGGUCCACAACAAUGUGUAAUUGGUUUGGUCUUUCAGACAUGGUCAGAUACAGCAAAAGUCACUGCAAAAUAAAACAUUCUGCCACCCCCCUAAGUUUGCCAUGCAUUGCUAUUUCCUUAGAUACUGUCUUGGCCUAAUUCCAAUACUUCCAAAGUAUACAGCAAAUAAGGGCGUUAUUGUCACCAUAGAAGGUGAAUGAUGGGCAGUUUUCAGGUGGAGUUAUAAUGCUCGUUCACGACAGGUCUAAUUUAUAACGGGAAACAUGGGUAUGUAUGGCAUGCGCCAAGUUUAUAAAUCUAAAUAUUUUUGUGCAUGCGCAGUCUUUUCAGAAAUGGCACACACAGAUAUUUAGUGUUACAUUUACACAACGGUUAUAAAUGAGGCCCCUGGUCACCACGGUAACAUCCCCACUGCACCCACACACAGCAUCCAUCUUCUUCAGUGUUUAUCAAUUACAUAUAGUGUGUGGUAGGUUGCCCCUAGUUGUAUGGGGCUAUAACAGUGAUGUCAUCAUUGUGUCCCCCAGGUGUUGAGCGACAAGUACUUCCUGGUGCAGAUGGACAGCCUGCAGGGAGACAGUGAGGGGGCGGGGCCUGACUCAUCCUUCCUCUGUCACCAUGGAAGCACCGGAAUCUUCCCUGUCCAUUGGAGCCUUAAAAAUGGGGUACCCCUCAGUCCCCCUCCAGGUAAGGCAGAAUACACCAGAGGUGUGGACUCAAGUCACAUGACUUGGACUUGAGUCUGACUCGAGUCACAGAUUGAAUGAUAAAAUAAAAUAACUUCAGACUUGACUUGGAGCGUCAAGACUCGGGACUCGACAUUGACUUGAGACUGAUGACUUGAAAUUAUCUGGCCAGGGUUUUGUAAGGUUUUGUCACUCAUUUUUUGGCACAGUCUCUGGAUAUUCAAUGUCUGCUUUUUUUGUUUUACUUUUACCCAUCUAGCAAUCGGUGCCCUUCAUUGCGAGGCAUUGGAAAACCUUCCUGGUCUUUGUGGUUGAAUAUGUGUUUGAAAUUUACUGCUCGACUGAAGGACCUUACAGAUAAUUGUAUGUGUCAUUCAAAAAUCAUGUUAAACACUAUUAUUGCAUACAGAGUGAGUCCAUGCAGCUUAUUAUGUGACUUGUUAAGCACACUUUUACUCCUGAACUUAUUUAGGCUUGCCAUAACAAAGGGGUUGAAUACUUAUUGGCUGAAGACAUUUCAGCGUUUUUUUAAAAAUUAAUUUAUACAAAUUUGAAAAAACAUAAUUCAACUUUGACAUUAUGGGGUAUUGUGUGUAGGCCAGUGACACAAAAUCUCAAUUUAAUCCAUUUUAAAUUCAGGCUUGGAACACAACAAAAUGUGGGAAAAGUCAAGGGGUGUGAAUACUUUCUGAAGGCACUGUAUAGCCUACCAUUUGUAUUUUAUAUUUAUGCCUUUGCUUAUUCAAUCUGGCCACUAACAUAGGCCUACAGCGUUGCACGCAAUUCUUCUUUCAAAAACAUCUAAUCUGUGCUUCAGAACCAAAAAGUUGUGCAUCUUGACUGUUGACCAAUGACCAGUCAUCAGCAUUGGCGCACAAAGGCGGGCGUACAUAUCCAGAUUAAUGACCAGAAAGCACUUGUUUCAUUUUCUAAGGUUUUGCCUGGCACUUAAAAAAAUAUAUAUAUAUAAAAUACAGUUUAGCAAUCUGCUACCGACAUAUCUUUGACAGAACAAUAGGCUACCUGGAUAUUUCAGAUAGGCCUAGUUUGGGUGGGUUAAUUAUAUACCUCAGUGGUGGGUAGGCCUACUGGCUAGAGAUAGUUCUAACAUCAAUACUCAUGGGAUGAAGAAGUAACAUAUUCUGGCGAAUUAGUUACGAUAUUUGUGAGGAAGAAAAAGUCUACAGACAAACCAUGCUUUCCAUCCGAUCCUGCAACCUCCGCUGCAUACAGGUAGGCCGUAUGAUCCUGCUUGCCUGGACUCCAGAGUAGUGACAUGAUAUCCCUAGUUGAUAUUGACUGCUAACAUGAAUGACUUUCAGAUCAAAGUGCAGGUGUAUCUUGUGUUUUUAAAAUGCAGCACCAUUUAUAUCUGUAAUGAAAGGCAACAUCUUCACAGCAAUUGUGUGCACGUGCAUGUGCAUGCACUGGGGGUCGCAAGCUUUGAAACACUCCUUUUUGGGGGUCGUGGGUCAAAACGUUUGAGAACCACUAAGCUAGUGAACAGAUGGCUGAUUUUCUGUACAGCUAUAGGAUCGGCUGCAGCACAAACGGCAAAUUGUAGGGAGAGAGGAUUGCCAUAAAUAUAUAUGCAGCUCUAACAAUUGUUUGGUGAUCAAGAAUAAUCAAGGUUUACUUUGCAAGCUCACCAGUAUUUCCCACGGGGGGGCCAGUAUGAAAAAUAAAAUUACAAUAUAAAAAUAAUGUAUGCACUCACUAACUGUAAAUCGCUCUGGAUAAGAGCGUCUGCUAAAUGACUAAAAUGUAAUGGGGCAUCAAUCAACAAUGACUAACAUAGGCCUACUGGUCUGGGAAAAAAUAAAUAAAAAAAUACUGGUCUUUUGGUAUGUCAAAAUUGCAUGAAAUGGAUCAUUUACUCAUGAAGCUUGCGUUUGGUAUUUGUUGUUAAAUUAACUAUUUCAUAAUCAAAAUAUGCUGUAGACAAAAUAAUGAAAAGGGCUGUCUGCUAGCCUAAAGAAAAUGUAUAAAGUUUUAUUUUUAACUUGACUUGAAAAAACUUGACUCGACUUGCUCUUAGAAUGCACGACUUGAACUUGACUCGAGAAUCGACCGGUUCCACUUGGGACUCGACUUGAGACUCGGACCUUGUGACUUGCUUGUGACUUGAAUAAUAGUGAUUUCGUCCCACCUCUGGAAUACACUCAUCUCAGGCACUGUACUGCAGUCACCAGUGAAAUGGAUCUCCGAAUUGACUGUGUUCCUGUGUAUGUGGGUGUGUAGGUUACCAGGGUCAGGACUUUGACUGGGCGGAUUACCUGAAACAGUGUGGAGCAGAGGGAGUGCCAGAGAGCUGUUUCCCUGUGGUGAGACACACACACACACACACACACACACACACACACACACACACACACCACUCAGACAGGUGUUUUUCCUCCAGGAGCAGAGUGAUCAUGACUUUGUUGAGUCCAUGAGGCUGGAGGCGGUGAAUCCCGUCUCUCCUGAGUACAUCCACGUGGCAACUGUAACCAGGGUCAGAGGUCAGCACAUCUGGCUGGGUCUAGAAGGUGAGAACAGAACAGCUGGAGGAAGGAGAAUAAGUGCUGGGUUGUAGAGAUGUAAGGGUUUUUAGGGAAGGAUGAGAAGGAUGUUGAUCUUGUGAAUAUUAUCACUAUGACCAAGUCCAUUUUGGGUGUUAAUUUCAGCUACCUGAAUACUCAGUGUUGUUCUAUUUACAUAGUGUUAAUGUGUUCAGCCACUCAUAACCUCCUCCCUCUGCUCUGUGUGUUCUCCCCAGGUUUGAAGCAGACUCUGCCUGAUGUCAUCACGCAUGUGGACUCUCUGGACAUCUUUCCAGUCAGCUGGUGUGAGAGUAACGGCUACCGACUCCAACAUCCCUCUCAACCUACAGGUCAGGCUCCAAACAAGACCCUCCUGUCCAUUUUGACGAUUGGUCUAUGUCAGUGUUUUAUCUGACGGUUACUGGCAGGUGUAGAUUUUGACUUUUGACCUCUUCUGUUGCAGCUCAGAAGAAGAGCCGUGUGGCCGUGUUGCAACCAGAGAAGCAGUGAGUUUUUGCAGACCUUGCAUAUUACAGAGAGCGAGUGGGUAUACAAAUUUAAAAAACUUACUUCCUCUAGUCUUAACCAACUUUGUGACUUUUAUUUCUAACUGUAUGUGUAUUUGGGUUUGAUCCGAUGGCAGAUCUCAACUUAAAGCCACGCCCCCUGAUGCAGCGAGGCAGCAGGAUCUGAGCCAAUCAGAGAGCGGUGAGUGUAAUUCCUUGUGAAAAAUAAUUUGUGAAAAAAUAAUGCGUAUGACGUGCGUGUCUGUGUCAGCAGCUCAGGGUAACGGGAAGUACAGCUGCCCAAAGAUCUUCUUCAACCACCUCUGUUUCUCUGGCCCCUACCUGAACAAGGGCCGCAUCGCUGAGCUGCCCCAGAGCAUCGGCCCCGGCAACUGUGUCCUGGUGCUGAAAGAGGUGAGAGAGAGAGCAGCACACAUCUACCAGCUCCUCUAUCUAAAAAUAUCAAGGCCAUCAGGCCAAUAUCCAAUCUCCCCUUCCUCUCCAAGGUUUUGGAAAAAGUGCUUGCUGUACAGCUCCAGGACCAUCUCAAUCUGAACAACCUACAGUAUUUGAGAAGUUCCAGUCAGGUUUCUGGCCGGCCCACAGCACUGAAACGGCCUUACUCAGGGUCACCCACGACCUGCUGAUGCAGGCUCACCCUGUCCCCUGAUCCCCCUGGACUUGAGCGCAGGGUUUGACUGUCGCCCACCCCAUCCUCCUGGAACGUCUCCUGGACACCAUCGGACUGUCUGGACCAGCUCUGAGCUGGUUCCACUCCGACCUCUCAGACAGGACUGAGUAUGUGUCGCUAGGUGGGUCCAGGCCCCUGCGGUGUACCACAAGGAUCUGUUCUUGGACGCAUCCUGUUCGUUCUGUACAUGCUCCCCCUCGAUCGUGUCGUUAGCCGGCAUGGAAUCCCAUUCCACUGCUAUGCUGAUGACACCCAGCUGUAUGUAAAAACUGCCCCAAGUCCCUCUGAUGCAUGUGCCCAUCUGAACACCUGCCUUGAGGAAAUGGAUGAAGCAAAACGUCCUUCAACUGAACUGCAGCAAAACCGAGGCCCUACUUGUUGGCACCCCCCCACCAGGUCCAGCCCUCACCAUUGCAGGACAGAACAUCCCUCUCUCCCCCUCAGUUUCCAAUCUGGGUGUAAAGCUUAAUUCCUCCAUGACCUUUGACAGCCACAUCAAACAACUGUGUAAAGCGUAAUUCUAUCACCUCAGGAACAAUGCCAAACUCCGUCCCACCCUCACACAGUCUGAUGCAGAGAAGCUCAUCCAUGCCUUUAUCUCCUCAGGGCUGGACUGCUGCAACGCACUCUUCAUCAGGAUCCCUGGCAGGAGUCUCCAGAAGCGCCAAUACAUUCAGAACAGUGCUGCCAGGGUCCUGAUGAGAGUGCGGAAACACCAUCACAUCACCCCUAUACUGACAUCUCUGCACUGGCUCCCCGUCUCAUUCCGGAUUGAAUUCAAAACCCUCCUGCUGACUUUCCAGUGCUGACUUUCCAGUGUAUUCAUGGCAAUGCCCCUCCUUAUCUCAAAGAUGCCCCUCCAUGUCUCCCGAGUGGCGCAGUGGUCUAAGGCGCUGCAUCGCAGUGCUAGCUGUGCCACUAGAGAUCCUGGUUCGAAUCCAGGCUCUGUCGUAGCCGGCCGCGACCGGGAGACCCAUGCGACGGCGCACAAUUGGCCCAGCGUCGUCCAGGGUAGGGGAGGGAAUGGCCGGCAGGGAUGUAGCUCAGUUGGUAGAGCAUGGCGUUUGCAACGCCAGGGUUGUGGGUUCGAUUCCCACAGGGGGCCAGUAUGAAAAAAAGAUCUAAAAAAAAAUAAUGAAUGCACUCACUCUGAGUUGGUUCCACUCCGACCUCUGGAUAAGAGCGUCUGCUAAAUGACUAAAAUGUAAAUGUAAAUGUAAAGAACUGCUCUCCCUCCAUAACCCCACCCACACCCUCCGGUCAAGCAAUAGCCUGCUCCUACACGCAGUUCCGCUCCUUGGGGAAUGGGUCUUUCAGCUCGACCGCCCCCCAGCCUCUAUAAUGCCCUCCCGGACCACCUGAAGGCACCACAGACUCUGGGCUCCUUUAAAAGGGGCCUAGACUUUUCUCUUUAGGAAGGCUUUCAGUUGAUAGCUGUGCUCCUUGGUGUCCUUGUCUCUUGUAGUAUCAGCUGUGUUCUUUGUGUCAGUUGCCCUGUCUAGGUGUCAAUAUUUAUUUAUUUGGUUUUUAUUUUUUAUUUUAUGCACUUUGAGAUUAUUCUAUAUAAUGAAAAGCGCUUUACAAAUGUAAUUAAUUAUUCAUUAUUAUUAACACACGCACUACUGUAGAUGGCAACUCACUAUUAUCCCCAUACAGAUGCAUCAUCUUCUGUGCUGUACCCUACCUUGUAUCCUAGAGUGUGUACUUCUAACCCCCCUGUAUCCUCUCCUGUCCUGUGGUCCAGGUGUUGACUCUACUGAUCAGCUCAGCCUACAAGCCCAGCCGGGUGCUGAGGGAGCUGCAGCAGGACCCAGAGCUGAGGGGGCACGGCCAGGGAGAGACUCUCAAGGCCAAGUCAGUCUACCCACCACACUAUAACACUAGAAUAACGCUAACGUUACAUGAUGAUAUACACUCACACUGUUUAUAGGGAUCAUUAGCUAUAUGCAGAGCCAGGGAGCGAUGCUUCAGGCCAAGUCAGUGGACAGACCACAGUAUACACCAUAACAACAGUGAAAUAAUAGUGAUAUCAUGACUGUUUAGAUUAUACUAUUUAUGGUACAGUAUUGUGAUAAAAUGAGAAACAGUACACACACUAAUCCAUACAGUUUCUGUAUGCGGUAGAGUUACUCUGUUCUUGGUCACUAUGUAUGCACCAUAACACUACUGUACAUGGUAGUAGUCGAGUGACACUGAGGAUAUACAUUCUCUCUGCUCCAUAAUCAUCAUACUGGAUGCAGGACCUGGGAGAGAUGCUCUUUGCCACAUUGGUCUCUGACAGACCGUAUUAAUGGGUGUACAGUGAGGGAAAAAAGUAUUUGAUCCCCUGCUGAUUUUGUACGUUUGCCCACGGACAAAGACAUGAUCAGUCUAUAAUUUUAAUGGUAGGUUUAUUUGAACAGUGAGAGACAGAAUAACAUUUAAAAAAUCCAGAAAAACGCAUGUAAAAAAUGUUAUAAAUUGAUUUGCAUUUUAAUGAGGGAAAUAAGUAUUUGACCCCUCUGCAAAACAUGACUUAGUACUUGGUGGCAAAACUCUUGUUGGCAAUCACAGAGGUCAGACGUUUCUUGUAGUUGGCCACCAGGUUUGCACACAUCUCAGGAGGGAUUUUGUUCCACUCCUCUUUGCAGAUCUUCUCCAAGUCAUUAAGGUUUCGAGGCUGAUGUUUGGCAACUCGAACCUUCAGCUCCCUCCACAGAUUUUCUAUGGGAUUAAGGUCUGGAGACAGGCUAGGCCACUCCAGGACCUUAAUGUGCUUCUUCUUGAGCCACUCCUUUGUUGCCUUGGCCGUGUGUUUUGGGUCAUUGUCAUGCUGGAAUACCCAUCCACGACCCAUUUUCAAUGCCCUGGCUGAGGGAAGGAGGUUCUCACCCAAGAUUUGACAGUACAUGACCCUGUCCAUCGUCCCUUUGAUGCGGUGAAGUUGUCCUGUACCCUUAGCAGAAAAACACCCCCAAAGCAUAAUGUUUCCACCUCCAUGUUUGACGGUGGGGAUGGUGUUCUUGGGGUCAUAGGCAGCAUUCCUCCUCCUCCAAACACGGUGAGUUGAGUUGAUGCCAAAGAGCUCGAUUUUGGUCUCAUCUGACCACAACACUUUCACCCAGUUCUCCUCUGAAUCAUUCAGAUGUUCAUUGGCAAACUUCAGACGGCCCUGUAUAUGUGCUUUCUUGAGCAGGGGGACCUUGCGGGCGUAGUGUGUUACCAAUUGUUUUCUUGGUGACUAUGGUCCCAGCUGCCUUGAGAUCAUUGACAAGAUCCUCCCGUGUAGUUCUGGGCUGAUUCCUCACCGUUCUCAUGAUCAUUGCAACUCCACGAGGUGAGAUUUUGCAUGGAGCCCCAGGCCGAGGGAGAUUGACAGUUCUUUUGUGUUUCUUCCAUUUGCGAAUAAUCACACCAACUGUUGUCACCUUCUCACCAAGCUGCUUGGCGAUGGUCUUGUAGCCCAUUCCAGCCUUGUGUAGGUCUACAAUCUUGUCCCUGACAUCCUUGGAGAGCUCUUUGGUCUUGGCCAUGGUGGAGAGUUUGGAAUCUGAUUGAUUGAUUGCUUCUGUGGACAGGUGUCUUUUAUACAGGUAACAAGCUGAGAUUAGGAGCACUCCCUUUAAGAGUGUGCUCCUAAUCUCAGCUCGUUACCUAUAUAAAAGACACCUGGGAGCCAGAAAAUCUUUCUGAUUGAGAGGGGGUCAAAUACUUAUUUCCCUCAUUAAAAUGCAAAUCAAUUUAUAACAUUUUUGACAUGCGUUUUUCUGUUUUUUUGUUAUUGUUAUUCUGUCUCUCACUGUUCAAAUAAACCUACCAUUAAAAUUAUAGACUGAUCAUUUCUUUGUCACUGGGCAAACGUACAAAAUCAGCAGGGGGUCAAAUACUUUUUUCCCUCACUGUACCUAUUCUGCUCUGGACGGUGUUGUGGUGUGUAGGUACAAAGGGAAGAGUUACCGGGCCACUGUGGGGAUUUCCCGUACGGCUGACCAGGUGGCUGAGUUCUGCCGGAGGACAUGUGUGAGGCUGGAGUGCUGCCCCAACCUGAUCGCACCUCACAUGGUGCUGGAACACUGCUCGGAGAACUGUUUCCUGCUCACCAAGACUAAAUACAGUACGUGCUACCUUACACAUACACAUGCGAAUGCACGUACACACAGACAGAUUGUAUUUACAAUGUACUUAUCAAUAUUUAGCUAUACAAUCAUAUGAAUAACACUCCUGUUAUUAUUUUUGGUGUCUAUGUGCUCUUUAGCUCAUUACUACAGUAAGAAGAAGACCAAGCGCAUUGGCCGUCCCCCUGGCGGUCACACUAACCUGGAGAGCAGCACCAAGCAAGGGAGCAGGAGGAAGAAGAGGAAGCCCCUGUCUGUCCACAAGAAAAAACGCCUGUCUACAUCUGUGGACAGCACCCCUGCUUGCUCCCCACUGGUACUGCAUAUUUUUAUUUUAUUUAUUUAUUUCACCUUUAUUUAACCAGGUAAGCCAGUUGAGAACAGGUUCUCAUUUACAACUGCGACCUGGCCAAGAUAAAGCAAAGCAGUGCAAUAAAAACAACACAGAGUUACAUAUGGGGUAAAAAAACAUAAAGUCAAAAAUACAACAGAAAAUAUAUAUACAGUGUGUGCAAAUGUAGCAAGUUAUGGAGGUAAGGCAAUAAAUAGGCUAUAGUGCUAUAUAUACUGACAUUCAACUCAUUAAAGUAACUGUCCAGUGAAAAUCUCACUUUUAAAAGUGUAUAUUCUGUUGACCAGUGGCGGUUGAUGCUGUUUAAGAUGAGGGAGGAUGAUUUUUUUUCUUCUCAAGAACAUGGCCUUAUUUCUAUUCCAGCAUAUUGGAUGACUGUCAAUUAAUAUUCCAUUCACCCAGUUCAAUGUAACAGCGAUAGGUUUAGGCUACUACGUGAUACUCAUAUUUUCCCUUUACCCAUCAUGAGGUCGCUACAACCUAGCCUAUGAAUGAAAGUUUACAACGUAGGUGUACACAGGUCGAGAGAAAAAUGUAAGGUGACAGACAGGGACACAUGGACAGACAGUGACACAUUCAAUACCGCCUUGCACACUCUUGCCUGCAUCUAGCUGAUCUAGGGUGUAAUCCUAAAUCCAACAGUUGCGAACAAGAGUUUCUAUUGGACAAAUCCAGGUAUGCUAAUCCCUGUUUCGUUCCGUUUGCUUCUGUUUAAAAAACAUUUUACAACAGAAUCGGUGGAAUGAAUACACCCCGAUCACACGUAAACACAGUUCACUUUCAUAGCAGCCAUGUUGUAUUCCUUCUCGCUUCUAUGCGCUCUCCUCCUCUCACCUUUUCCCUUAGCUUGUGGACUUCAAUGCACAACACAUCAGCUGUAUGUGACCAGGCGAGAGAACCUUUCCAAGCCAAACCAUAUCAUAACCGCUACACACAGCCUACAUCGUUGUCACCAUAUUAGCUAAAGUAACGUUAAAAUCAACAUAGCUAAUAGAACUAACGCAUUAGUAAACCCACUACAAUCAUGCAGUAACGUUACAGUGUACAGUCAGUAAGCAGUUCAAAAAGCAGUUUAGCAGUUACAUCGACGUGCCCUGGUGGCAAUAAAUUAGUAAAAUUAAAAGUGUUGGAUAGUGAUAGCCAGCUAGCUAACAUAGUAUCUCUCUGUUUGAGCCGGGUGUUUGAGUAGGCUAAGCUAGCUAGUUAGCUGCAUUUGCUAGCUAAGUAAGUGAAACUGAAAGUAAAAAAUAUAUAUAUAUCUCUCUCGCUCUCUCUCUUCCUUCUCCUUCAUUUUUUAAGAAAUUAAUUUGUUCAAAACUGUUAAACUAUUGUAUUUCUCUCUCUUUGAGUCAACUACUCACCACAUUUUAUGCACUGCAGUGCUAGCUAGCUGUAGCUUAUGCUUUCAGUACUAUAUUAAUUAUCUGAUCCUUUGAUUGGGUAGACAACGUCAUUGUCACGUUGUAUACUGAUAGACAGGCGCAGGAAUACGUAAUAGGGUGUUUUAUUACUCAACCCAACAUAAGGUACGUCAUGGAAAAACGACGUGGAUGAAGCCCAAAACAAACACGUGAAUAUAUAACACAGGACAGUAACCCAAACAAAAGAGUGAGGUGUAAACCUCUAAAUAAUACACGGGACGAGACCCGUAAUAACAAUUACUCGGCAUGUAAACUGUAAUACAAUGUACUCACAAGACCAACGGACAUUGGACAGUAAUUGACCAGAACAAUGGGGAACAGAGGGCACAUACAGUUGAAGUCGGAAGUUUACAUACACUUAGGUUGGUGUCAUUAAAACUCGUUUUUCAACCACUCCACAAAUUUCUUGUUAACUAUAGUUUUGCCAAGUCGGUUAGGACAUCUACUUUGUGCAUGACACAAGUAAUAAUUUUUCCAACAAUUGUUGGACAGAUUAUUUCACUUAUAAUUCACUGUAUCACAAUUCCAGUGGGUCAGAGGUUUACAUACACUAAGUUGACUGUGCCUUUAAACAGCUUGGAAAAUUCCAGAAAAUGAUGUCAUGGCUUUAGAAGCUUCUGAUAGGCUAAUUGACAUCAUUUGAGUCAAUUGGAGGUGUACCUGUGGAUGUAUUUCAAGACCUACCUUCAAACUCAGUGCCUCUUUGCUUGACAUCAUGGGAAAAUCAAAAGAAAUCAGCCAAGACCUCAGGGAAAAAAUGGUAGACCUCCACAAGUCUGGUUCAUCCUUGGGAGCAAUUUCCAAACGUACCACGUUCAUCUGUACAAACAAUAGUACGCAAGUAUAAACACCAUGGGACCACGCAGCCGUCAUACCGCUCAGGAAGGAGACGCGUUCUGUCUCCUAGAGAUGAACGUACUUUGGUGCGAAAAGUGCAAAUAAAUCCCAGAACAACAGCAAAGGACCUUGUGAAGAUGCUGGAGGAAACAGGUACAAAAGUAUCUAUAUCCACAGUAAAACGAGUCCUAUAUCGACAUACCCUGAAAGGCCGCUCAGCAAGGAGAAGCCACUGCUCCAAAACCGCCAUAAAAAAGCCAGACUACGGUUUGCAACUGCACAUGGGGACAAAGAUCGUACUUUUUGGAGAAAUGUCUUCUGGUCUGAUGAAACAAAAAUAGAACUGUUUGGCCAUAAUGACCAUCGUUAUGUUAGGAGGAAAAAGGGGAAUGCUUGCAAGCCGAAGAACACCAUCCCAACCGUGAAGCACAGGGGUGGCAGCAUCAUGCUGUGGGGGUGCUUUGCUGGAGGAGGGACUGGUGCACUUCACAAAAUAGAUGGCAUCAUGAGGAAGGAAAAUGAUGUGGAUAUAUUCAAGCAACAUCUCAAGACAUCAGUCAGGAAGUUAAAGCUUGGUCGCAAAUGGGUCUUCCAAAUGGACAAUGACCCCAAGCAUACUUCCAACGUUGUGUCAAAAUGGCUUAAGGACAACAAAGUCAAGGUAUUGGAGUGGCCAUCACAAAGCCCUGAUCUCAAUCCUAUAGAAAAUGUGUGGGCAGAACUGAAAAAGCGUGUGCAAGCAAGGAGGCCUACAAACCUGACUCCGUUACACCAGCUCUGUCAGGAGGAAUGGAGCAAAGCACCCCCACAGCAUGAUGCUGCCACCCCCAUGCUUCACGGUUGGGAUGGUGUUCUUCGGCUUGCAAGCAUUCCCCUUUUUCCUCCAAACAUAACGAUGGUCAUUAUGGCCAAACAGUUCUAUUUUUGUUUCAUCAGACCAGAGGACAUUUCUCCAAAAAGUACGAUCUUUGUCCCCAUGUGCAGUUGCAAACUGUAGUCUGGCUUUUUUAUGCCGGUUUUGGAGCAGUGGCUUCUUCCUUGCUGAGCGGCCUUUCAGGUUAUGUUGAUACAGGACUCGUUUUACUGUGAAUAUAGAUACUUUUGUACCUGUUUCUCCCAGCAUCUUCACAAGGUCCUUUGCUGUUGUUCUGGGAUUGAUUUGCACUUUUCGCACCAAAGUACGUUAAUCUCUAGGAGACAGAACGCGUCUCCUUCCUGAGCGGUAUGAUGGCUGCGUGGUCCCAUGGUGUUUAUACUUGCGUACUAUUGUUUGUACAGAUGAACGUGGUACCUUCAGGCGUUUGGAAAUUGCUCCCAAGGAUGAACCAGACUUGUGGAGGUCUACCAUUUUUUUCCUGAGGUCUUGGCUGAUUUCUUUUGAUUUUCCCAUGAUGUCAAGCAAAGAGGCACUGAGUUUGAAGGUAGGCCUUGAAAUACAUCCACAGGUACACCUCCAAUUGAUUCAAAUGAUGUCAAUUAGCCUAUCAGAAGCUUCUAAAGCCAUGACAUCAUUUUCUGGAAUUUUCUAAGCUGUUUAAAGGCACAGUCAACUUAGUGUAUGUAAACUUCUUACCCACUGGAAUUGUGAUACAGUGAUUUAUAAGUGAAAUAAUCUGUCUGUAAACAAUUGUUGGAAAAAUUAUUACUUGUGUCAUGCACAAAGUAGAUGUCCUAACCGACUUGGCAAAACUAUAGUUUGUUAACAAGAAAUGUGUGUAGUGGUUGAAAAAUGAGUUUUAAUGACUCCAACCUAAGUGUAUGUAAACUUCCGACUUCAACUGUACUAAUCAGGGGGAAUGGGAACCAGGUGUGCGUAAUGAGACAAGACAGUCCGGGGUUGGUGGUAAUGAACCAGGUCAGUGACACCUAGAAGGCCGGUGACGUAGACCUCCGGAGCUGGUGAACGGAAUGAGCAGCAGUACCGGGGGGAUCCGUGACAGUCAGUUCAUGCUGCAAGAGCUCUGAUAGGUUGGAGGACAUCCUCCGGAAGUUGUCAUAAUUACUGUGUAAGUCUAUGGAAGUGGGUGAGAACCAUGAGCCUCCUAGGUUUUGUAGCUGUACUAGCUGUCCUCCGGCUACACCAUGGUGCUAUCCUACAGAGUGCUGUUGAGGCUACUGUAGACAGUCAUUGCAAAACAGUGUGUUUUAAUCAAUUAUUUGGUGACAUGAAUAUAUUUAGUAUAGUUUUAUCUAAAAAGGAUAACUUUUUUAAAAUGUUUUACUAUUUUUAUUUUUAUGAAAUGCACUGAGUAGGAUGGUCCUCCCCUUCCUCGUCUUGAGGAGCCUCCACUGCUUUUUACUCAUAUCCAAAUAUUGUUGUAGACUCCAACCUAUACUUGUGUUUGUGGCCAAAGCAUAAAUUGUAGAAAAAGCACUUCAAAAACCACCUCAAACUGGUAUCUCAAACAGACAGUUUAAAAAAUGCUUGCUAUUUCCUCAUAGAGGAUGAUGUCAUCCUCCUGAUGAGGAUGAGCUUGCCAAUCAGUGGUUUCCCUCAACCACUGGUCCAGGGUCAGAUAUUUUCUAAUGGUUAAGGUUAGGAUUUGGGGUAGAGCGCAGUGCAUCUUGUUGUUUUUAUCGCACUGCUUUGCUUUAUCUUGGCCAGGUCGCAGUUGUAAAUGAGAACUUGUUCUCUACUGGCUUACCUGGUUAAAUAAAGGUGAAAUAAAAUAAAUAAAUAAAAUCUUAUGGGCAACUUUUAUAUGGAAGGAGCCAGUAAUCGAACUCAUAACUGUGCUCUUUGCACCCCAGGGUAGUGGAGAGGAGGAGGACCUGGAUGAGGACUACUUUCUGAGUGAGGAGGACUCGGGCUCAGAGCAGCAGGAUGACUCUGAGGUGUCAGAGAGGAAGUCCCAGCCUGCCUGUCGCUGUCUCACCCCUACAGAACCACGCCCUCAGGAAGGACCCCGCCAGUGUAGGAAAACCCCCCACUUACCCUCCUACUCAGAUGAUGAGAACCAGCCCCCCUCACCUAAGGUAGCGGCUGUUGCAUAAUUAUAUACACACACACAAACACACUGAUCCUAGAACUAUAUAUGUGUAACCCCCUGUGUUUGUGUUCUGUCUCAGAGUGGGCGGCUGGAGGUGCAGGAGAAGCUGCAUCUGGACAGCAGUCCUCUGGGCUGGAGCAUCACUGAUGUGACCCACUUCAUCAGAACCACUGACUGUGCCCCGCUGGCACGCAUAUUCAGGGACCAAGUAGGAGUGACACACUCACACACACACACCAGACACACAUACACACACGCACAGUGCACUCAUUUUCUGAGCCAUGUUGUUGUGUGUGUUGACAGGAGAUAGAUGGCCAGGCCCUGCUGUUGCUGAGCCUGCCCACAGUUCAGGAGUGUAUGGGGCUGAAGCUGGGCCCUGCCAUCAAACUGUGCCACCUUAUAGAGAGG